AUGACCGGUCUCAAAAUACUCAUCUCCGGCGCAGGCAUCGCCGGCAACGCCCUCGCCUUCUGGCUAUCCAGACUCGGCCACAACAUCACAAUCAUCGAGCGAUACCCUGGUCUACGAGCCACAGGACUUCAAGUCGACCUCCGCAGUCCUGGUAUUGAAGUCCUACAACGAAUGGGUCUCGAGAAAGCCUUUCGCAAGGUCACCGUCCCAGAACAAGGUCUACGGCUUGUUGAUAGCAGCAACAGGCGAUGGGGAUAUUUCCCUGCGAAUCGAAGUGGCAAAGGAUUGCAGAGCUUCACUACCGAUUAUGAGAUUAUGAGGGGGGAUCUUUGCAAUAUGCUUCAUGAUGCUGUUAAGGAUCGCGUGGAGUAUUUGUUUGGCGUGUAUGUGGUGGAGAUGCACCAAACUGACGAGUUUGUUGAUGUAGUCUUGUCGGAUGGGAGGAAAGAACGAUUUGAUCUUGUUGUUGGUGCGGAUGGUCUGGGGUCUCGUACGAGGUCGAUGAUGCUUGAAGGUGGGGAUCAGGUUCACUCAAUUGGGGUGUGUGCUGGGUAUUUUACGAUCGAAAGUGAGCUGAAGAAGGGAGAGGGAUACGAUGCCACGGUGUAUAUGACUACGCAGGGACGUGGGAUCAUGAUGCGUCGUCAUGAUCCGCACAAGAUACAGGCGUAUAUGUUCUGCAAAGCGGGACCUUUCGAGGAUUGCACCAGGGGUGAUGUGGAGAGAGAGAAGCAGGUUAUGGGACAGGUAUUUAACGAUGCAGGAUGGAAAUCGGAGGAGAUUAUCCGGGGUAUGGAAGAGGCGGACGAUUUCUAUUGUGAGCGCAUGGGAGUGGUGAAUCUGGAUAGCUGGUCGCGGGGCCGUGUCGUCUUGGUCGGGGAUGCGGCUUAUUGUCCGUCUGCUAUGACAGGAAUGGGAACCCCGUGUGCCAUGGUUGGUGCUUACAUUCUGGCAGGGGAGAUAAGCAAACAUUGUGCGAAGGGAACCGGUUCGAAGGAGGACAUUGCGGAGGCUUUCAAGAAUUAUGAGGAUAAGCUCAAGCCCUUCAUGGUGAAUGUCCAAAAGGGACUCAUGGACGAUCACGAUUACAUGAGCAGGCUUCCUUCAUCUACGUUGGGGAUCACUGUGGUCUACCUCCUGUUUGCAAUAGCAUCCUUCUUGAGACUGGACGUCCUCGCGCAAUGGAUUCUGCGUGAAGAUUGCAACAAGGACUGGAAACUACCGGAGUAUCCGAGCAUGGUCGACAACUGA